GUAACAACCAAAGAGAGAGGAACGUAUUCCACAUUUCCCCCUGGUGUAUAGUGGGACAAGCCGACGCAAACAUGUCUGUCGCUGGCUUGAAGAAACAGUUUUAUAAAGCAAGUCAGAUGGUGAGUGAGAAAGUAGGAGGAGCAGAAGGCACUAAGCUGGAUGAAGACUUCAAGGACCUGGAGAGGAAGGCCGAUAUCACCAGUAAGGCCAUUGUGGAAGUCUUGGCCAGGACGUCAGAAUAUCUGCAGCCCAACCCAGCAUCUCGGGCCAAACUGUCCAUGCUGAAUACUGUGUCUAAGAUUCGGGGGCAGGUGAAGAGUACCGGAUAUCCACAGGCAGAGGGAGUUUUGGGGGAGAGCAUGGUCAGAUACGGCCGUGAGAUGGGGGAGGACACCAACUUCGGUGGUGCUCUUGUUGAGAUGGGGGAAGCUAUGAGGAGGCUAGCUGAAGUAAAGGAUUCGCUGGAUAUUGAUGUGAAGCAGAACUUCAUCGACCCGUUCCAGACCAUCGUAGAGAAGGAUCUCAGGGACAUCCAGCACCAGCUGAAGAAGGUGGAGGGCCGGAGGCUAGAUUAUGACUACAAGAAGAAACGGCAGGGAAAAAUUCCAGAUGAGGAGCUGCGCAUGUCCCUGGAAAAGUUCCAUGAGUCCAAAGAGGUUGCAGAGAUCAGCAUGCACAAUCUCUUAGAAACUGAUGUGGAACAGGUGAGCCAGCUCUCUGCUCUGGUGGAGUCGCAGCUGCAGUAUCACAAACAGGCGGUGCAGGUGCUGGAAGAACUGUCCCAGAAAAUGAGAGAAAGACUGGACUAUGCCCAAGCACAGCCGCGUCAGAAGCGAAUGCCCAAGCCGAUGCCCAGCUUUGACUCAGACCCCGAGUCUAACGGGAGCUUCAGUCCAACAGCUGUUCCCCCAAGCUUUCAUGCAGCACCUGCUCUACCCACUCGAACCUCUGUACGCCAGAAACGCCAUUCAAUGGACCAGCCUUGCUGUAAAGCCCUUUAUGACUUUGAUCCAGAGAAUGAAGGCGAGCUUGGUUUCCGUGAGGGUGACAUCAUCACACUGACCAGCCAGAUCGAUGAGAACUGGUACGAGGGCACGCUGCAUGGCCAGGGCGGCUACUUUCCCUGCAACUACGUAGAGGUUGUGGUACCACUUCCUUACUGAAGCCUACUGAGAAACGAGGGAAGGAGGGGACGAGAGAGAGAGAGAGAGAGAGAGAAAGUUGCAGUGGAGACAAGAUGGAGAGUUUUAAAAGGCUGGAGACUUGGAACAGUGUAUGAAUAUGAACUAUGCCAUGAGACUCAAAAUAUUCUGUUCUUUCCUGUGCGGUUUGUCCAUUACAUCUCUUCAGUCAGAUUGCCAUUGGAGGUGGGUCUCUAAAACACUAUUAUAUCCAGAUUUCUUACCCUGCCAUCUUGAUGGAGUGACCGAGCCAAGAGAGAUUAUGUUGUAUCCUGUAUGCAUUUUUCCCUAAAUCUUUAAAAAAAAAAAAA